UAACUCCGUUAAUUAAAGUUAACUUCCCUAUAAAUAUACAGUAAGUACUAAUAAUGUCAGGAAUUUUCCGAUAAUUUGAAGAUCCAGCGCGAUAAUUUACCUUCAACUGAGGCACCACGGCACUGAGGGCAGGUGGAGGGAGUAAACAAACUUGGAGUUGGAGUUCCCCUCGAUAAUCUAAGAGGCUCAAACAUGAAUACUCGUGGACAGAUCACACCUUUAUACAGGUGUAUUUUGAGAUCUUGUUCAACAGAUUCCAAGUUGAGACCAAAAUUUAACUUCAAACUUGAUGCAGACUUAUCUGAGGAAAUAAAGACAGGAUCUCUGAAGGCCCGCCAUCACCCAGGAGUUUUUGGUGGAGGCACAGUUACCCUGCCUGAUGAUCUCAUUCAAGCUGUUAACACAAUCCUUACAGAUUAUUCUGUGAAGAACCUGGCAAAAGAAGCGACCAAAUUAUCACAUUGUCUAUGGUCCAGACAUGCAUCACUAGAGGCUCAUGAGUACAAGGACAAAAUGGCACAAGUGGAAGCAUUUAUCAAGAGUAAAGAAACUGUUGACCCGAUGGCUCCCAACAUAUUGGAGGUGGAUAGAAAGCGAUUAUUAGACUCUAGGAGUUCUAAAGUACUUGAUAAAAUGAAGAAAGAAACAUAUUUGUGGAGCGCCAUCCAGUACGAUGAACACAAGUCAGCUGCAUAUGUUGUUGCUCGCUUGGCCCCAGACUUUGCUUCGUUAGUGAGAAUACUAAGAGAGAUAAAGAAACGGGAUACACAGUUUUCUCCCCACACUAUGCUGGACUUUGGAUCGGGGAUUGGCUCUGGCAUGUGGGCAGUGGACAACAUUUGGCCUGGUAUUUGUAAAGAAGCAGUCUGUGUUGAUUGCAGUUCAGAAAUGAAUAAUCUUGCAGAUAAGUUGUUACGAGGUGGAGACCCUGAUAGUCCUCGCACUGUGCGGGCUGGGGGAACCUUCUUUAAACAGUUUUUACCCAUGUCUGAUGUUCUUAAAUAUGACAUUGUACUGUGUUCCCGCUCACUAUUUGAAUUACCAGACAUGGCUUCUAGACUUCGUACAAUUGAUAUACUUUGGCGUAAAACUGCUGGUUACCUGAUAAUUGUAGAGCCAGGGACAAAUGAAGGAUAUAGGCUAGUACUAGAGGCACGAGAUUAUAUACUUGAAUUGAGUAGAAGAGCAUCUGAGGAAGAAGAAGCAAAUCCACAUGGUUAUGUCUUCUCACCCUGUGCACAUGAUAUGUUUUGUCCACGAUUCUUUGAUGGCAGCAACACUCCAUGUAACUUUGAAGUGAAUUAUCAGCCAUUUACUUUUGGGAGGAAGACCAAUACUCAAAAAGACAGAUUCAGUUAUGUAGUAUUAAAACAGGGAAAACGGAGUGACAGUACUGAGCAGCAGUGGCCCCGUUUGGUGCGUAGUCCUUUGCAUCGUAAGAAACAUGUUAUAUGUCGUGUAUGUACAAAAUAUGGUACACUUCAGGAAUUGACAGUGACUAAACAAAGACAUGGUAAGGGAUGUUAUAGACUGAGCAAGAACACAUCUUGGGGUGAUUUAUUUCCUGUGGUGCUUCCAGAAUGUGAACCACCACCUACUUUAGACUCAACAAGCCCCUUAAGGGAAGUUGAGCAAGAGGUCAAUGACCAAGAAACUGCAUUACAGAAAGAAAAUUGAAUUUUAAUGAGAACCCUAAAUGAUUACUGUACUAUAUUCAAUAAACAGGAACCUGUGUAA